GCUGACGUCUUUCGCCUAUCCGGCCUACCGCCGCGCAGUAGAGGUACUCGCUGCUAGUACGUGUACCGUGUGCGCGUCGAGCGGCCGCAGAGAGAGAGAGAGAGAGAGAGAGAGAGAGAGAGAGAGAGAGAGAGAGAGAGAGAGAAUAAGCUUGCGGCGCUUUCUCGUUGUGUCUCAUUCUCUUGCACCGUGAGCGAUUAGACAGUUACCGGCCAUGGAGAUGAGCGAGAGGAAGACCUGACCGCGAGCUCGCGGCGCUGUUCCUCGGAGUGAUCGGGAAAAAAAUUCGAAAUCGACCGAAGCUCGUUCCUGAUUAAUGAGGGUGAAAAGCUCUCCGCAAGCUGCACCGGCGGCUUCCCCAGCGUUGCGAGUCUCCGUCAGCGGCCUUUCCAGCUCUCCUGCAUCAGCAGCAGCAGCAGCAGCGGGCAGCAGUAGGCCUGGCCGCGCCGCCGAGCCGCCGCAGCAGGGGCAGAGAGUCGGCUGCCGCCGCCGCUGGCGCUGCCUAAAAAUCAGUGCGCGCUCGGCCGCCUCGAAGGUAGCAUCUCGCGCUCCAUCGCCACAAGUGUCGGAACCGAUUCUGGCGUGAAGCGUAAGAGAAAUUAUCGAACGAGCAGCAUAUCGAGAGCAUGAUAGUUACGACGGUGCAGGACAGUCGAGGAGACCUGGCCAAGCGGCGCCGAGUGAAGUGCAGCUGCGCGCCGCCUAACUGUUGCCAGGGAGAAAGUGCAUUUUAGUUCUUGUUCUUGUUCACCUUUUUCCUGUUCGUUAAUUGCACCUACUACAAGUGAGCGCGCCGAAAGUUCGAAACUAGCUGAGGAAGCUUAUUGCAGUGUUGCGGCGAGAAAAUUUCGUUGUAUUAAAUAUAUACACCAGUGUGUGUUCAGAGGAUAAAGUGUGACUCGAGAGUGCGUCGCGGGGGAGAGAAAAACGCUUUUUCGCGGCCAGUGCGAAGGAGAGAAAGAGAGAGAGAGAGAGAGAAGGGUCUGCGGGGUGGCGGAUGCGUGGAUUUUGAAAGCAGCUCCGAAGGCCAGCCCGACGCAAUGCGUCGACGCUGCUGACGCAACGCGCCUGGAUGCGUCUCACUUUAAGCACGUUACCACAGCUUGCCGUCUUAGCGAAGAUUUUGUGCCUCCUGAUGGUGGUGAUGUGCGGGGCGGUGCCGUCAACGGUGCGCUCCGUGAGUCUUUACUCGACUUGCAGCAGAGGCAAUGUUACCGUGCACGGACGCACGGUCAAAUCCACAGUGCGCAAUGAGCAUAAUGCACCCUAUCAAAAAAUGACAACGCAGUCGGAAGAUUUUAGUAUGAAGCUGUACAUCUUCGCGGAGAAGAGCAGACGGUACAUUUGCUUCAGCAAACGGUGGAAAGUCAUAGGCCUGCCGAAGAAGCAGAGGGACGAGCGGUGCCAGUUCUACGAGAUCUACAACGGCAGGUACCUUAGGUACCGGUCGGUCGUGGACCCGACGCGCUACAUCGGCUUCAACAAGAGCGGCAAGCCGAUGACGUCGCAGCGCGGCCGGCAGGAGUGCUACAACUUCAUCAAGCUCAAUCCGUUCGCGGGCGUCGAGCGCCACAACGACAUCAUCACGUCGAACAAGGGCGGCAUGAAGCACCGGGAGCUCCUGCGAGGGAGCUCCUCGGAGCACAGCAGAAAGUCCCACCAGCAGCCGAAGAACUCGCUGCUGCCGGCGUCGGAAAGCUCCGCGGCCGCGACGGGCGGCCGGCUGACGCAGCUGGCGACGCAGCACCGCCAUCGGCACCAGGCCGGCAACAGCUGGAAGAAGCAGCAGAUGCGCGAGGACUCGACGACGACGAGGAGACGACACGCCGCCGGCAGCAGCAGUAGUCGUAGCAGCCUACUCGUCGAGGCUGGGAGCAAGUAUUGAGCCGCCGCCGCUGGGCGGCUCGUCGAUCAAGACUGCCUCAUCACAAGUGAGACCCACGAGACUACUCUCCACGAUUCUAAUAAUACUACUACUACGACGACCACGACGACGGCUACAAGGACGAGAGGGCUCGCGAUGAAGCCGGCGCCGCUCGAGCCGAGGCAUCCUCCUCAUCGUCAUCAUCGACAGCAGCAGUACCAGCACUACCCACCGUUAUCGAGCGAUGCCUCCUCGUCCCGGCGGCGGCCGAAGCCUCUCGUUCUCCUCCUCGUCAUUAUCGUAGAGCUCGUCGUCGCGAGCCAGCUCCCGAGCAGAAUUUCACCAGCUACGAGACGGAUUCCGCGCUAGGGUAUUAAUGUACGCUGCUGCUCAUUCGCUCGUCCGACGAGCUCGGGACGACGAUCCGUGAACGAUUCCCGCUCGGACACACGAAUCAGCCAUUAGUAUGUGCGGGCGGGUGAAAUCGACGCUCGCCACCGGGGGAUCCUUCCGAUUAGCUUCUUGCCGUCUCUAUAAUUUUUGUACACGCGAGUCUGAUUCAUUGCGCGAACGAUCCUCCGUAGCUGCGAUUUUUCCGGCUCGAAUCCUUCGCGGCGAUCGAGCGCGCCGAGAUCGACGGAGGGGCGAGUACGCACUGCAGUCGAGCGACAAUGGCCAGUAAGUUGUAUUGGACCAACGGCUAGCCGAUCACCUCCAAGUUCUGCUCGGGUUCGCGCACUUCCGCGAUUCAUUCCGUUCGUUUUUAUUGAACACGCGCGCGCACACACACACACACACACACCGCUGCUGAGUACUUUGUACGAUUUUACGUUCCAACGCGAGCGCACCGUAGAUUUAUUGUGAGCAUUUAUUUAUGAUAUUUCGUAUUUGGCUGCAUCGUCGUUAAAAGUGUCGUUUGUAAUUCUCACGCAUGCUGCUCCCACACACAGACACACAUACACGAGAGGGAGAGAGUACGUUCUCCAUUUGCGAAAAAACGAUUGGAACAGAGUCUUGAUUAAUAAUUAAUUAUACACACAUUACGAAUUGUACACCUCGACAGCAAUAAGGUUUGAACGCGUUCUCAACGGUAGAGAACCCGCUACGCAGACACACACACACACACACUUACACGGCCCAUCGAGGAAAGUCGUAUUACUUACACAAUGUAUUUAUGUAACUUAAAAUACUCUACUACUUAUGUUUAGCGUGUAGACGACCACUAUUCUGUUUAUAAUUAUAUUAUUGUAAAUACGAGGAGAGCCUUACAUUUAUCCAUAUAUUAAUAAUAUUAAAUACGAAGUAUUGUAAAUAAGUGAUUAUUACACGCAGUUUUUCGAGAGAAACUCCUCUUCUCCCCAGUACCAACACACUCACACCCACACAUGCAUAUACUUGCCCACCGCAAAGUAUAACGCGAGAGAAAAAAAGUAUAAUCGUUCUGUUGUUCACUAUACUUAUAUUAUAUGCAACAGCAACAAUAACACACAGACACAUUAUAAUGUAGUUGUAUACGCGCGAACGAGUCUAAAGCAAAAAUGAAGACCAAGUCAACCGCGCUCAGAGGUGCCGCGCAGUAGUCUAUACGUACGCGAAUCACCGGAUACUACCUCCUUUCCUUUUAAAAUUACCACAGUAAUAUAUAAAUAGGGUAAUUAUUAAUUUCUCGUACUUAUUGCGCGCUUCGAAUUCUGAUUACUAUUAUUAUUAUUAUUAUUAUUUAUACACAUGCCAGAGAGAGAGAGAGAGAGAGAGAGAGAGAGAGAGAGAGAGAGAGAGAGAGAGAGAAAGAGAGUUCAGCAGAGAAUACCUUUCAGCGGGUCUGAUAUAAUAAUCAAUAGAGGAUAAUCGACGAUAUAAAUAAACGCAGACGGGUGUUAGUUCGUACGUCUCGACUGUUGCACCCCUGAGCUCGGCCGCCACCGCCUCCCGCGAGAGGACAUCCGAAAUUCGCUCUCGCGUCACCGCAAAAAAAAAAUAUAUGAUAAUACGAUUAUAUAAUAAACGUUUGCGCUGUGUACUAAAAAUUUUCUCGCGCGCGCGAGAGAGAGAGAAAAAAGAGAGCAGGCAUACUAUGUUAUAACAGUAGGUCGCGCCGCGCUGAACACAAAAAAAAAAUAUAAAAUAAAAGUUAUAAGAAAAAAUUAUAAGGAAAACUCGCUCGCUGUGCUAUUACACCGCCUAAAACUUGUAGUUUUGUGUGUGAGACAAAGUUUGUAUGCGUGUCUGAUUCAUGUGUAUGCAGCGAUGACAUUUACUUAUAAUAUAAUAUCUGUAGUAUACUCUGGAGAUCGUUCGCGUGCUCUUGGCUCCUCUGCGUGGUCGCAUGUUUUUUUUACUUACUUUUCGAAAAUUGACAUGAAUAAAGGAUCUUUUAUCGAGUGUGUACUCCUGGACUUUUCUUUUCACGAUAUCGAGGGAGAGAGAUGUUCCUUGAAUUCUCAGAGAAAGAGCACACGGACGACGUCCGGGGGUGACACAUAACGUGCGUGUGUGCGUGUAAACAUGCCGAGAUAGACGACGCGUGCGAGUGCGUGUAAUAUAUUAUACAUUACCGAUUAAAAGAAAAAGAAAAAUGAACUUAAUCCUUAGGACGCUAAUUGCAGACUGUAUUACUAGGUUAGGUACACGAUAUAUGACGCGGUGGUGACGCGCGCCGGAGACGCCAUAAGAAACGCCAUGCCAGUAUACUUAUAGGUACUUAUAAUAUAGAAUUCAAAGCCGGCUAAUUUUCUCUCGCGCGCCGCGGGGUUUUAGCUGCGCCCCCUAGCGUCGCGCGCGCACGUCGUCUGCUCCGGAUCCUCACUGGCCAUCGUGCAUGUACGCGUUGCGAUAAAUAAUUGCCUUAAAAAAGUACGCUGCAGUUGUUGGGCGUGUGUUUUUUCGUCGAAGAGCGAGAAAAAAAGAAAAGAAGCAGUGAGAAUCCGUACAACGGGCCGCGCUGCGCAGGGGACGCAGCUCUUCUAUCGUGGGUUUCUUAAUCUGGCAAGGUCACCACCUAAGGAGCGCCUACCCCUUUUCUCGCGAGGAAGAAAAAAAAUAAGCAGAAUAAGACGAAGAAUUGUAAGAAUCGCUCCCCUAGGUAGCUUAUUUAUUGAAAUCACGUUUAGGUAUAUCUGUACUGUGAAUAAGCCGCGGACAUUCUUCCUUUUUCCUCUUGCGUGUACGCGUGUACACGAAGGACAAAAAGCAAAAAAUAAAGACAAACACACACACGACGGCUAAUCGCGAGAUGCGAAAGAAGGAAAGAAAGAAAGAAAGAAUAACUCAAGGCUAAAUCUAUAUAUCUUGUACUGCUCUCUGUCCUUUUAUCAUUUCUUUCUCUCUCCCAUAAGCAACAGUCAGUAUACGUCAAGUCAGUUCUCAUAUUGUACAUUAUUGUUAUGUUUAAAGUAUACUCUAUAAUAUACCCGCGACGCCAUUACUUCAUUGAACCAUACGAUUAUUAUUAAGGCAUUCAAAGCACGAUUGAGAGAGACGGCCAUUCUGCAGCUCAGAGAGAGAGAUUUUUUAAACCUAAUAACGAGACACGUGAAACAUUCGAUUAAUGUUCUAGACAACGUAGAGGUUAAAUGGUCAAAUAAAUAGAAAACAAAGCAAACAAGUCCUGAAGUCUGAUUGUUAAGAAACUACAUAGAGACGCGAAACGAUGCUAAUCAAAAUUUUCUACUGUAUAAGCUGUAGAGGAGGAUGUAUGAUGACAAAAAUCUUGUUCGUGCUUCGAGUGUAUUGAAUCUUUUUUAUUUUUAUAUUAAAUUAAUUUUUUUAUUUGAACCACACGACGCUUCCGUUAUAUGCAAGCCGGUGGCCUACGCGCACAAUUUAAAAACUAUAUGAAAUGAACAAACAAACAAACAAAAAAACUACAAAAAAACGACGAAAUAUUGUCAGAGUCCACAUGCCGAUUCCUUAGGGCGGUCGUUGAAUGAAAAAAAAUUUUUAUAAAAUAAACGAAACAAACCUUAUAGCUUGAAAAAAAAAACAAUGUGAGAGUCCUAGUUGUUUUAUCUUCCAGUCUCCCCUACGUAUAGUCGAGGAACUAUAUUGCGUUAUAGCUAUGUAUGACUUCAAACACCAAAAUGCGGAAUUUCAGUCAGCGAUCACGAAUCGUUGCAUCUUCUGGACUAUACAUAAAGUAGUCAUCCUAACUCGUGUUAUACGCACCUCCAGAACAUGUAACGCCGCCAAUCACGCUUUCACCCUCCGACUACAGAAUAUAUAUCUGAUAAUACUCAAAAUGUAUAAGACGACGAUUAUAUAAAUCUCCUUUAGCUCUCGUUUUUCACGAUCAAUGAGUCGAGCGCGAGAUCGACACACGGACGGCGAUAUAUAAGAGUGCGCCGAGGGCCCCGGAAGUGCGAUGUUUGUAAAAAUAAAAUUGUCGUUAAUGGAAAAUAAAAGAAAUAAAAAAAGCUUACAUGAAAACACAAGUAUACAUGAUGAUUCCUGUCAGAAAGAUUAUGAAAUUAUGAAAAAAUAAAGCUGAUGUUGUAGAAGAGAGCAACCUGAUGAGUAACUCGUGUUCCUAUCGAUGCGCGUCGAAAAGUCCUGAUAUUUCUAUACGAUACCUAACGUGCAUCCUAUUGUUUUGAAACAGAUAAUACCGAUUGCAUCUUUGCCGACGCCGAAGGUCUGUAUAUUUUUCGAGGCAUAAAAUAUAAAAGACGUAUUUUGACGGUUCCGGGUGUAGAAGCUUUCAAAUACGGAUUUUCGUCAGAGAACAUCGAGAGGAACAUGAAGACAUCGAACGAUGGACCCGAUGACAAAAAAGUAAUAAUAAUGCAAAAACAACGUUUCGAGUCGCAAAGACCCACUUACACAAGUAUUUAAUCUCUGACCACGAGACAAAAAAAAAGAUAUGAAAAAGGAUCGUGUAGUAAGAAAGGAAAGAGAAAUAAAAUAAGAACGCGAGAACGACGCUUAUUAUUUAAUAAUAGAACUACUAAUAUAACUUGUAAUGUAAUUGUAUUGUAAUACGGUAUUGUAACGCCAGCUCUAAAAAUUAAUCUACUCGUUUUUUGUAUGUGUAUUAAGCAUAAUCUCUUGUCAGCACACUUCGACAGAAAAAUUUCCGGCUCGUCGAUGAGGCGAGACAGGAUCAGCCAGCGCCGCGACGAGGAAAAGCAAAAAGAAAGGUGGCGCCUCGCGGAGAGAUAGACGCAGACGGAUCGCGAGACGGGCGGAAAUGUGUUUUCGUCGAGCGCCAAAUAUCGCGGACUCAUCGGCAAGCUCGGAGGCAAGUCAUCGAAGUCGAGAGAGCGCCUCGAGAUAUAUAUUCGACGAGAGAACGAGAGAGAGAGAGAGAGAGAGAGAGAGAGAGAGAGAGAGAGAGAGAGAGAGAGAGAGAGAGGGAGAGCGAGAGAGAGAGCGAGAGAAAGAGAGAGAGAGAGUGAGAGAGAAAAAGAGAGGAGAGGAAUGUAUAACCAAAUGAGACUUGUAUUUUUACAAAUAUUCAAAAGAAAAAAGUGUACAAAUUAAAGAAACUUUAACAAGAAAAAAUACCUUGAUAUCUCUUGUCACCUUCGUAUUAUGAGCAUUGGAAUUUAUAUAUUAUAUAUACAGAUGAGACAGGGCUUGUGGGGAUGAUAAUAAUACGGGGGAGAAACAAGUGAGACAAAAAAGAUGAAUUACCAAACUCGUUUGACGAAUGACUUGGCUGCGAGUCGAACGUCACUUUUUUUACUUUCGCCAUCGAUCGAUUAUUGACUAGAAGGAGAGAGGGGGGAGAACAAAAUUUCAAAAAGAUGCGGAAAACGACGAAAAAGAGAGAAAUGACGAUGAUUAACGAAUAGCGAAAACGAGAGAUAAGCAAAAGAUUAUGACACGAAAAAAGGAUGAAUCUGACUACCCUAGAUAGAUAGCAUAUAACUUAAUAAAAAAAAUGAAAUAAUAAGAAACAAAAGGUAAAAUAUAAAUAUUAUACAUAAAUAAAUAUAUAUGAACAGAUGAUGUGUAUUGUAAGAUAUUUAAUACCGACUUGUUAGAGACACUCGAUGACGAUGAUGAUGAUAAUAAUAAUAAUAAUAUUACCAAUAAUAAUUAUGAUGCAAAAGUAUGCUGAGUGAGAAUGAGGUGUUAACGGACGACGAUAACGACGAUUAUAACGAAGACAACUAUGUGGAAGCCGUACGAAUGAAGCAAACAAACAUAACAAACAAAAAAAAACACAAAAAAAACAGAGGAUAAUAAAGGUAUAUACGAAUUGCUGUGUGAAAAGAGAGAAAGAGAAAGAGAGAGCGUGUGAGAUACACCUACAUUAUUCGCGCUGUAAUAUAGAGGCAUACAUACUCCGUUACCCACUAAAUCGAUGUGUCGAUGUACCCGGGCGUGCUCUGAUCGUGUAUAAAUGUUCGAAAUAGCAAAGGGGGUGGGCGACGAAUUUUCACUUACACUUACACCACACACACACCCACGCAUACAUUUUUCGAGGAUAAUAAGUGCGGAUGUCGCGUUUUGGCAAUCGAUGAUGAUGAUGAUGACGAUUAUACGAUGAUUACGACGUUGAUGCGGGUGAUGAGGAAGACGUGGUACGCGAGAGUUCAGACGCUUUGAUCACACACUCUGAUUUUUUAUAAUAUAAAAAAAGCCAUUUUCAACGAUGAGAGGAUUAAAGGUCGAGUAUUUUUACACGUUAUAAUCGAGUGUUUAUUUCGCGAGCGCGUUCACGAAGCGAGACUCCGAAGACGGAUCCGUUCGCGGCUGUCGUUCAACGUUUUUUACUGUAAUAGGAUCGUUAUUUUACGACUAACGUGGCCAGUUACGCGCGUCUGCGGUCGCGAUAGGAUCCGUCUCCCGGGUUGUCUCACGUCGCUAUUCUACAUUAUAAUGGAUUUUACUUUGACGAAGUUUCUCGGUCGGAUAUAUGUGAGUGCGAGCAGUGCGCAGUUGUCAUAUUAUUUAUUUGUAUACUGUCAUUGUUAUAAUUUAUUGAACAUGCAUAUAUAUUAUAAAAACUUGUAAAUUUGAUUUUUCGUAUAUGAUAUAUGAAUUUGUAUAACGUUAUAAGCUUUAGAUAAGUUACUCGAAGAUAAUGAAAUGAAAUAUGUUGCAGCAUGUAACUUGAUUAAUAAAGCACGCAUGCUGUACACGACUGACCA